ACAACCUGUCAGUCAUUGUAUUUCUUCUGUGUUUGCAGACUCGCUGGCUGUAAACUCAGAAACACAUCCUGUAAAGUGUUGGCCUCAGUUAUCAGUUCAAACCCCUCACACCUGAGAGAGCUGGACCUGAGUAACAACGACCUGAAGGAUUCAGGAGUGGAGCUGCUCUCUGCUGGAGUGGGGAAUCCCCACUGUAAACUGGAGACUCUGAGGCUGUCAGGCUGUCUAGUCACAGAGGAAGGCUGUGCUUCUCUGGUCUCAGCUCUGAGGUCAAACCCCUCACACCUGAGAGAGCUGGACCUGAGCUACAAUCACCCAGGAGACUCAGGAGUCAGACUGCUCUCUGCUGGACUGGAGGAUCCACACUGCAGACUGGAGAAACUCAAUGUGGAACAUGGUGGAGAGAACAGAAUGAAACCUGGGCUUAGAAAAUAUGUCUGUGAUCUCACACUGGACCCAAACACAGUAGACAGACACCUCUCUCUGUCUGAGGAGAACAGAAAGGUGACAUGUAGGACAGAGGAGCAGCUGUAUCCUGAUCACCCAGAGAGAUUUGAGGAGUGUGACCAGGUGCUGUGUAGAGAGGGUCUGACUGGGCGCUGUUACUGGGAGGUAGAGUGGAGUGGGAGAGAGGCUGGUAUAGGAGUGACAUAUAAAGGAAUCAGCAGGAGAGGAGGGGGUGAUGACUGUUGUCUUGGAUUCAAUGACAAGUCCUGGUGUCUGUUCUGCUCUGACAACAGUUACAUUGCCUGGCACAAUACUAAUCCCUCUACCAUUGACGUCCCCCUCCUCCAGCUCCACAGAGUAGGAGUGUAUCUGGACUGGCCAGCCGGCACUCUGUCCUUCUAUAGAGCCUCCUCUGACACACUGACCCACCUGAUCACAUUCACCUCCACAUUCACUGAGCCCCUUUAUCCAGGGUUU